UCUCUGUAUUUGAUUGUGUUGGUUUCUGGCUUUGUUCCGUUGAGUUUAUUUCAGUGUAAAGUUUCAGCUUCAUGCACGAUGGCUGACAAGCCUGACAUCAGCGAGAUCUCCCACUUCGAUAAGUCCAAGCUGAAGAAGACCGAGACUCAGGAGAAGAACCCUCUCCCGACCAAAGAGACAAUUGAACAAGAGAAGCAGUGUGCUUCAUAACCUGCUCCUGUUCGUCACGAAGAGUUCCAGUCACAAGGCUUUUUCCAAGCUUGUCCCGUGACCAAGAUGGCUUCUCAACCAGCAGAGCUGUUGAUAUGAGUGAAAUGGAAAAACUGGAUGGUGCUUGAAGCUAGAUUGUUGAACUUGGAAUAAAGUUAUGGACCUGC